AUGGACUUCCUGCCAAUUCCUUCUUUAAAAAAAACGAACCAAGCGAAUAAAUACGACGAUUUCCGUCGAGAGUGGGUGCGUCAGCAUCGAGCACGCAUGGACUGGCAAGCCAUAGUCAAUCCGUGUUACGACAAUAUGGCCUGGGGAAAAGUGAAGGCUGGCUGGGAAAAACCUAACAGAACCAAUGCUUCUACAAGUGAGAUAAUAUUUCAGGACAUCAUGCCUGCGAGAGAAUAUAGUAAGAUUUUCAUCCAAUCAAAAACGUCGGAUAAUAUAACGAAAGUCAUUGGUGGAGACUCUUGGAGGGUCUACGUACGUGGUCCAGCAAACAUUGCGGCGACUCUUUUUGAUCACAAUAAUGGAACUUAUGAAGCUCUGUUUCUUAUCAUGGAGCCUGGUAUCUAUCAGUUGUUGGUUUAUCUGGAUUACAGUCUGUGCGAUGGAUUCAAGGAUCCACCACCUGACUGGUUUAUUCAGGGCAACGCUCAAGGGAAAUUUCAGCGAGAGGGUCUUCUAGGCCCUCUGGAUGAUUACUUGUUACGGCCCCUUCAGAACGGAAGGCCUUUGGAGAUAAACGUAACAAAGGCAGAGACGAACUUUUCAUUAGAUGGUUAGUAACUUGGCAGACGGAAAACACAAUUUUUCCAUUAGCCGGUAUGUAAUAACCUGGCAGCGUUUACCGCGAAAGCGCCGUACAUUUAAAUCUGUCUAAUUUCUAAUUUUUUUCUUGCAUCUUUUUUCUGUACAGACAAACUUCAUUCUCUAGAGUCGUGUUCUUCCACAUGUAAUAAGUUGUGGGAUGGAUUUGGUCGGUGGAGGAAUGACAAAUGGCGGCCAUACCUUGAAGGUAAGAACUCAUCCGUCAUUGGCUAAGUCAAAUUGGAAGAACAAGCAAAUAAAUUUACUUUGCCGGCACUAGUUUGUAAUUAGUUUUAAUAGUAAGACUUAGACGCAAAGUGUAUUGAAUGGCAGAUCCAGACCUUGAGCUAAGGAUGGGGGGCUGUUUAUUGUCGCUUGCCCUAUGGGCUUUUCUUCUUUUUGCGAUUCUUUUUUUUUUUUUACCCAAAAUAAGUGGGGGGCGGAUCCGCCAAGCCCUUCCUCUAGAUCCACCAUUGGUAUUGUAAAUAAUUAAAGAAUUCCUCACUUCAUUGAAUAUUUGUCGUCUCACAGAAUCAUACAACUGGUCUUUACCAGCAAAUUACAGCUCUUCUGGAACUCUCUGGGUGUACGGUGAUUCAUUAGGGGUUCGCCUGUAUCAGUCAAUCAGCUCUCGGGCCCUAUGUAGAAAGCUGUAUUUUAAAUGCAAAAACAGUUAUAGCUGGCUCUAUCCAGUAACUAACCCACAACAGAGCAGGACGAGAAACGAUAGUCUCGACUUCCGUGCUGGGGAGGUUUUGAAAGCCAUUCGAAGCGUUCUUAAUACGACUGAAUUACAGCAGCCUUCCAGUGUAUUACUUUUAAACCUUGGACUUCACUAUCCUGUCAGCGUCAAUUUUACAACUUUCCAGAAGGUCAUCGGACAAGUAAUAAAUUUGUUGAAAGAGACACAAGUUGACUUACAAGGCAGAGAAGUUCUAAAGUAUAAGGCCAAGAUCAUUUGGAAAUCAACGACAGCUUUAUGUAAGCACAAGGGAAAGAAAUUCAACCCAACAGAUAGUAGAUUCCUUACACCGCAGGUUUGUACAUAUUGAAUGGCAAUCUCUGUAUUGAUGACCAAAAAAAUUAUAGCGGUCUUAAAUUCAAACAUUUCAUCAGUUGUAUGUUCAACUAGAAAUUCUGUUCGAGCCAUCUUAUUUUGUCUUAUUUUACUUCUUUUUCAGCGAGUUCUUCUAUUCAGCGCCUACGCCAUGUCAGCCAUGUGUCAAGCGGGUUUUGAGGUUAUAGACGUGUAUCCAAUGACAGAUUCGUAUCCAGGGGGUACGUUGGCAAAUGAUGUUGUUCACUAUCCAAACAAAGUGUUUAAUGCCUUAGAAACGCUUUUAGAGAAUUAUAAGGUUAACAGAAAUCAAAGAAUAGGAACCGAUGAUAGCAAGAGAAGAAUUGGGAGAUGUAUCAGCUGA